ACACAGCAACAGAGACUUGUUUGAGAGCCAUGUUGAAAGUGAAAGUUAAUAGAAGAUUCAGUGUAAGGCUCGUGUAAACCUUUCUUUUACUGUCUAUGGUGUAAACAGCAGUCAGAAAGGAAUGUAUUCAGAUGCUGAAGACAGAAAAAGGAAAAAUCGCAGAAUCAGAACAAUGAAUGUUGUGAAUGUUGUGGAACUGUUCCUUGUGGUUUGGAGCUUCUCUGCUGUCUGUCAAGGUUCUGAUGAUGAUGUCAGUGUAAGCUGUGAUUAUGUGACUGGAUCUGUGGGGAAAGAAGUAACUCUCAGCUGCAGCGUCUCUCUGAAGAUCACUGAAUGCUGCUUUAUAAUGUAUAAGUUUCAAUACCCUGAGAUCUUUAAUGACUCUUCAAUCUGCCAAGAUGUUUCUGUGAACUCCUGUGAACAGAGAAACAGUUUCACAUGCCGCUACACUCCAACUACAGCGAUGACAGAACAAUUCAGAUUCUUUGUUUCAACAACGUGUGGAUGGGGAAAAUCAAAAUUUUCUGUGAACAUAAAAGAACCCGUGAAAUGUGAAAUUGUCACUGAAGCUCUUGGACAGAAAGAAGAACCUGUCUGGGACAUAUCAGAAAGAGAUGAACAGAAGAAACCAGAAGGUCGUGGAUUUAAGAUCGCCGUCAUCGCUGCUGUUAUAAGCAGUUUUAUCAUCGUCAUAAUGCCAAUCAUUUACAGAGUGACACAAAAAUACACCAACCAGAACAGGACUCUCUGAGUGUCAGAUAUGAAGAAGACGAUGACAAUCGUCCAGAAAAAGAAAAAGAAAAUAUGAUAUAAUAGCUGUACCAAAUUAAUUUGUUUAACUUAUCAAACAGUGCUCCUAAAAGACACAAGCUUUAUUUGAGCUCCAGCAAACUUCUCUACUAUCUGUUAAAAUAUUAACUACUCAACUAUAACUCAGAUUGUAAAACUCUGUUUCUGUUUUAUAUUAAUUUCUGUGAAAUAAUAUAUAUAUCUGUUUGAUCAGUGUAUUUACAGUUCUUUUUCUGCACAGAAAGCAGGUCCUGCUGAAAUCAGCUGUCUUUAAACUAUGAAUAUCAUAUACAGAUCACAUGGAAUUAUAUUAUUGUGUCUUGUUCUGAAGUGAAUAUGCAUCAUCUUAUUGUUGAUUGAGUGUCGUUUGAUGAAUCUUGGUGCAGGAUUGCUGCUUGUUUGUUAUUCUAAAUGAAGAUAAAACUGAUAUAAUGCUAUAAACUGAAAGUGAAGGAAACAAUAGUCAAGUUUUCUUUGAAGUUUCUCUAUUCUUUCACUUUGCUCGUAGUCUAUCAUAUGUGUUUCAGUUGUAAAAUGUUCUGCACGGACCAUGUUUGCACAGCCUCUCUUGUUUUCUUCUAUAAUAAAACAUGACAAAUUUCCCA